GUAACUUUCCACGCAGUUUUUACAACCUCACAGAUAGAGCCACAAGGACUGAAACACAAUAAAUGGAAUAAAAAGAACAUUGUCCAAAAAAUGAACUAAUGAAAUUAAAAAGUUUGGGAUACACAUCAACUUUACAUCAUCACAUUAACAGGGCCAUGCUGACAGUGAGUAACACUCAGGGAGGACAAAAGUGAACAGAGAAGCAGCCUCAUCACACGCAAACGGGCCCCUCUGACGUUCAUUUUCCAGUAGAAGCAUCUUCCCAUCACAAAGUUCAUCAUGAGCAGCGUGCAGCACGAAUGAGCAGAGCUUUGAGACACAGGAGCCUUUUACCCUAGACGCCCACCCACGUCAUCAGUGACUCCUCUACCCAGUCAGGUGUUUAAUGAAGCAUACAACAGAUGACAACCCUCUGCGAGCGUUUGCGUUAACUCCUCUGUUCUGCCGCUGAAAUCAGAGCGACGGUCUGAAGAAUCCUGUGCAGAGGGAACAGCUUUCACGCUCCUUCAUGAAGGUCAUCGCCGUGAUGCUUCACAAAGGACAUCAAACACAACACGCAGCUAUAUGCCUUUGGAUCGAAGGUCUGGUGUCACUGGAGCGCCUCUCCGCUGGAGAACAGCCCGAGACGUGCAUCAUGCUGGACGGCAUUAAAAUUGAGGAUCAUCCCCUGCGAUCGGGACAAGCCACGCUCGGAGUCAUGCUCGGGACUGAUUGUCAUCAUCCAUCCGUGUGUGAAGGAUGCCAGCGUCCUAUCUCCGACCGCUUCUUGAUGAGGGUCAACGAUUCCUCAUGGCACGAGGAGUGUUUGCAGUGCACCGUGUGUCAACAGCCUCUCACCACCAGCUGUUACUUCAGAGAAAGGAAACUUUACUGCAAACACGACUACCAACAAUUGUUUGCGACCAAGUGCAGCGGCUGCAUGGAGAAGAUAGCCCCCACAGAGUUUGUGAUGCGUGCUCUGGAGUGCGUCUACCACCUGAACUGCUUCUGCUGCUGCGUGUGUGACCGGCAGCUGAGGAAGGGCGAUGAGUUUGUCCUGAAGGAGGGUCAGCUGUUGUGCAAAAUCGACUACGAGAGGGAGAAGGACUUACUCAGCUCGGUUAGCCCGGAUGACUCAGACUCAGAGAAAAGUGACGAUGAGGAGUUGGACAUCAAGCCUGAGAAAGGCAUAGGAGGCCAGGGGAAGGGGGAUGAUGCGAAGGAUCCCAGGAGGCCCAAAAGACCUCGAACCAUCCUGACCACUCAACAGAGAAGGGCCUUCAAGGCCUCCUUUGAGGUGUCCUCAAAACCCUGUAGAAAGGUGAGGGAGACGCUGGCUGCAGAGACAGGACUCAGUGUUCGUGUGGUGCAGGUGUGGUUUCAGAACCAGAGAGCCAAGAUGAAGAAGUUGGCAAGAAGACAGCAGCAACAACAAGAACAACAGAAUUCUCAGAGACUUGGCCAAGAGGUAGUAAUGUCCAAUCGGAUGGAGGGGAUGAUGAACUCCUUCACACCGCUGGCUCCGCCGCAGCAGCAGCUGGUCGCCAUGGAUCAGAACGGUUACAGCACAGACCCGUUCCAACAGGGGCUCACCCCUCCACAGAUGCCCGGGGACCACAUGAACCCAUAUGGUAAUGAUUCUGCAUUCCAUGACAUAGACAGUGACACGUCUUUAACCAGCCUCAGUGACUGCUUCAUGGCAUCAUCGGAAGUCAACUCCAUGCAGGCCCGCGUGGGGAACCCCAUUGACCGCCUCUACUCCAUGCAGAACUCUUAUUUUGCGUCAUGAAAGAGAAGAGAGCAAAAAACAUCAGCACAGAAUAAACUGCCCAUCUCAACCUAAAGCGCAAUGACCAGGAGUUUCUACACUAACAUGGACACGACAGAAGAAACACCUCCUUGCAGUAGCUCCUGGUUAUGUGCUGAAGCUUACUCAAAGAUAGUUAAACCACUUGUUGUAGGACAGUGAAGAUUCCUGGGGGGAAAGACUUAAAUAUUGUUAGAGAUUAUUCGGUAGGAUUGCUUAUCUGUCACAGGAGAUAUUACUCUUUCUUUGUUCACUUAAAGAAAACAAGUAGAUAUUGAAGCCACUGAUUUACACUCUCUCAAACCAAAUAGCAGUGAAUUUAUACAGUGCAUGAUCGAUUGUAAACUAAAACUUUUUGUAAGCCCCCCCCCCCCCCCCCCCCCCGGUGAAGAUGUGGUGUUUGGACUGUUUCUUCUUUACACUACAUGGAUUUCCAUGUUCACCGUUAGCAUUUUGAUCACUUUCAAUAGAUUUAGAUAUUGUGUUAAUAGUAAAUAGGUGCAGCAUGUCUGCAAGAGUGACUGUACAGUUGUGUAUGUAUGAGAGUUUGUGGUGAGAAAGAAUUGUUUAGAGGAGAAAAAAAUGUGGAGAAUUUGGUGGACAAGUAGGAUCAGUGAAGUGUAAAUACUCUCCCCAGGCAAAUUGGAUGUGCAUGUUAAAAAUGGAAAGCAUUCUAUUUAUUUAACUAUAACAGGCUCUUGAAGGUGCAUAUUAAAACUGAAAAAGCUUUAUUUAAAAAGGAGAGCAUUUUUUUUGUUGAGCAAUUAGUGAGUUCAUGAGUAUCACAACUCAUUUGUAUGCCUUUUUAAUAUGAAGAUUAACCCUUUUGUUUUGUUUUUUCUUCAGCCAAGCUGUAAAUGAGCAAUGUUGCUAUUUAUUUCGUACAGACCAUAAACCUUUUGUUGUCAUUGUCAUAUGUGCAUUCUCAAAAUGUUAAAGUUGCUAAUUGACCAAAGUUGACUGGUUUGAUGAAUAAACAAUGUCUUUCUCCUGAUAACAUUAAAUAAAUGCCAUUCAGUGAUCACUCA